CGACAUUACAACCUUUUUUCUCUUAUCGAUUAAUCUCCUUUUAACCUUGGAUUCUCGUGGUGUAGCACGUUCUCUUCUCAAGAUUGAACGACGGAAGGCUUUUCGGUAAAACUACAAAUAGUGAAGUGGUAAGAUAUCGUUCUGCGACACGAUCCAAAAUUAUAAGAUCCAAACGAAACGAUGCACUCUCCAAUCCGACUACCGUUUGGAUUUUCUCUCUGCAAAUUGUCUCUCGUUGUUUUCUGUUUGCUACUCUCAGCUAACACUCACCACGUGUUGGCGGAAGAUGGCGAAAGUCGAGUCCCUAGUGACGCUCCUUCGCUGGUUCCGUCUCCCGUCGACGCCACGGCCGCUCCAGCCACUGAGACCGAUGCCGGUGUAUCGAGGGUUCCUUCCGAUAUGCCCUCCCUCGCGCCUUCGUUUGCUCCUUCUAUUUCAGCAGCACCAACAAUCACUCCACGACCGACAACCACCGCAUCGUCAUCACCCACCACUGGUCCCACUAGUCCUCCUAGCGCUGUCGCUGCUGAGACAACGUCUCCAUCGGCACCGGCGAUUGUGCAAGGGCAAGUCGUACUGGUUCUGCAGACUGUUGAACGUGUCAUGACGGGGACUGUUCUGACAUCUUUCAACGAAGACGUUACCAUGUGGUACCAACAAAAUCUGCCGUACGCUAACGUCGUAGCCGAAGCGGAACCCAAUUCGCAAACUCUUCUAUCGUCUACUCGCCAGCGUCGUCUGUCGCGGAUGCCACGGAAGAAUUCGAGUCACCAGCCACACAGCAAAAUUAGGCGAGACUUGCAAGAAAUGGUGGGCUCCCCCUUGGAGGUAGUCCUCAAUGUACAAGCCGACUUGAUGCAGCCCAUCGCGACCGAAGAUUUCGAACGCCAAUUGCAGGCGGUUACCAACGCUAACAGCAGUGACCUCAUUGUCUUGUUGCAAGACUCCACCUCUAUUGUCACCCGUUCCUUUUUCGAGUCACUCGUUGAAGUAACAGCAAUUGAUGGACCGGGAUCGUUCACCUCAAUCGAGCCGUCCAGCAAUGGCGGGAACGAUGAUGGCUUGAGUGGCGGUGCGAUUGCUGGAAUUGUUAUCGGUGUGUUGGUAGGCGUCGGACUUCUAGUUGCCGGGGGAUACUGGUACAAGUCGACGCACGAAACAGAAAAGCGCUCGGCGAAGGACAACUCUGCGGUUAUGCCAUCCGCUAGUACUGGCGUUUCUACAACAAGUAAUGUCCUGUCUCCGAACAAUACUGGCUUCAAUAGACAACAUGACCAAGGUCCGGAAUUGAGCGACAGCGAAAGUGGGGGUGCCGUAUACAGUGAUAUGAAUAGUGAAAUGGACAGUCGCAUUGGCGACCAAAGCAUGCAAGCCGACAACAUGAGUUACGCAUACAGUUUGGAUCCCGGCCAAAUGGAUACCGGCACCAUUGCAGGCCAAUCCACGUAUGCUUACGCCCGUGGUGGUGGUGGUGGUUCCAUGGUAGGUUCCGAAAUUGCUCAAUCGGUAUCGACGGCCGACGUUGAUACGGUCGAUGCUUCCCGCCGCUCCAAUAUGGUAGCGCGCGAAGUCUUGGCUCCUCCCGGUAAGCUUGGCAUUGUAAUUGAUACGACUCUCGACGGCCCGGUGGUACACAAAGUAAACGGAAACAGCCCAUUGGAAGGUGUACUAUUUCCUGGGGAUAUCAUUAUAUCGAUCGAUGAAGUGGACACCCGAGCCAUGUCGGCGUCGGCGAUUACCGGGCUGAUGGUCAAAACUGCGAAUCAACGAAGAAAGCUGAGGGUGCUGAGUGAAGAUACCCAAUAA